CUGGAGAGGGCACGAUCGAAAAGUCGAAAAGAGGGCGCAAGGACUUGUCGAAAUACUGCCUCUUCCAUAUCGGUACUCAUAACAAGGCCAAUCUCAGGAAAGCAAAGCAAAGAAGCCCUUCAACAGCGUGGUCUGGGUCUCUUUAUGUCGUUGGGGAAGAUGCGGAGAAGAUACUAGGCAGGCAGAUCAAGGUCCCCGAGAUGGAAGAACGAGGCUACGAGCUUGACAAGCUCAUACGACAAUCCCGGCAAUCGAAAGCUGGCUCGGACUCGGAUUCGGGCAGUUCGGUCAAGGUGUUCAAGAAGGGCACGAGAGAGGCGAUGUGCAAGUGGAUUUCUACCCAUCCUACAACCGCGGCUGCUCAUCAGGACCCUGCGGCAACAGACCCAAAGUUGCAAUUCCAGACAGCGUGGUUGCAAUACUGUCAUGGUACUCCCGGAUUGCAAGAGGUUUUGGCAGAGUGCGUUGCAGGACCUGAACAAAAGACCGUCACCUCGACCUCGUUUCCUUUCCCUCACGGCAAAGAACCGCCAGAGCAGAACUCGGAAGCUAGGUUUUGGGCAGCCGCAAUCGACACUCAGGCCGACGACGCUCAGGCCUACAGCAAGAUCAUCGCUUCGGAAGGAUCGAUCGUGGUUUCGACAGCGGGCAAGCUCGUCAAAUCUGAGCUUGAAUCGAUGGGGUUGGAAGUCGUGCUACAUGUUGGUAUCCAGUUGUGGUUCAUUGGAGGCGAGGCUAUGGUCAUCUUGAGGCAGGGAGAUGUACUCAUACUCCGUCCGGGUAUCUCGUACAGCUACUAUUCGGUCGAGCCAAGCAUUCAGCAUCAACGUAGCUUUUUACGUUACGACUGGAUCGAUUCGGGAUUGGUGAAAGCGGCGGAGGAUGAUCUUACCAAGAUCUACCUCUGCUUGAUGGUGCUCGCUCUCUUUUCGGACUCGACGUUUGCACAAAAGCACGGCCUAGUCCACCCGAAACUUCGUCAACUCGUCGAGAGUUUCACCACCUCGUCUGAAACCAUCGAUACACAUCCGCUAGAACAGCUCAAAAAGCUCGCCAAGAAACGAUUGGGAAAGAUGUCAAGAGCCGAGCAGGUUACCGAAGACACAGCCGGCGGGAAGCGAGCUAGGGAGGACGAGUCGGAAGACGGAGAACAAGUGGGCCGUCCAGACAAGCGAGUCAGGGGUCCGGAAGAGGCAGAGGAGGGAGAAGGAGGAGGUCCGAGAGAGUCGAAUAUCGAUGGAAAUGAGCAGAGGCAGGAAGGCUCGAGGUCAGGAGAAGGCGAGGAACAGGGUGUCGAGGAAGCGCUUUGAGGCGGGUUCGCUUUUUCGAAUUUACGGGGUUUGCUUUUC